AUGAUGGCUCAUGUGGAUUCAAGCGGAAGUGACCUUGAUAUCGAUUUGGAAAGUGGAGGGACUACAAGUGAGGAAGAUGUAGUACGUAAAGACCGUGAUCUGAGUGGUGAAGAUGCAAAUAAAUUGUUGGGUAGGGUGUGUAAUGGAUUUAUGGGAUUAGAGGGAUCUAUAAGGAAUGUAGAUGGUCUAAUUUCAUAUGACAAGAUGUUGAAUACUGAUGAGAUUUCUAUCCAUAGUACGGAGAUAUUGUCAGACAAAAUUGGGGAACAGGUGAUAAAUUCUGUGGAUAAGAAAAAAGGAAAUGUUAAACAGAAGAAUCCAAUCUUUAAAAAGCCUCCCAAACCACCCCGGCCUCCCAGAGGUCUACCAUUGGAUGCAGCUGAUAUUAAGUUGGUCAAAGAAAUAUCUGAGCUUGCCAUGCUUAAGCGCAGAAGGAUUGAACGGAUGAAGGCCUUAAAGAAAAUGAAAGCUCAGAAGGGGACUUCAUUCAAUAGCAAUCUUUUUGCAAUGGCCAUCACCAUUCUCUUCUGCCUCAUAAUAUUCUUUCAAGGAGAGGAGAAUUGGCAAGCGACUGAUGUCCCGCUGUUGCGUUUGUGA